AUGUCUGCGAACUACAAGAUACAGAAGCCCUAUGUUCUCGCCGAACUUCCUCGACCUCUCGGACAGGCGAAGCGAUCCUAUGUCUCCGCCUCUAGAUUGAUCACCUCUUACCCGAUCCCGCCGCAGCAGUCCUUCACAUGCUCGCCAAUCUCCUUGAGACUACGUCUACCCAAGGGACAGGGCAUCGCGCGCUACACGUACAUUGCGACCAAAGAGCCCACGGGCCAAUCGUUGACACUCUUCCGUGACAUUGUCGACGGGGCGGGAAAGACGACCUCCACCUCCAAGACACGCCACAUCAAGACGCCGUCGCCGAUCCGCUACAUUGGGGUAUCCCACGCCAUCACGAGUUUCGCCGAUUCCAGCGGAUCUCACCGCUUGGUAGGGAAUCUCUUGGUCAUCUGCACGAAUGGCGACAUCAUUUCGCUCGAUCCAGAGACGGUGGAGCAGAGAUGGAAGGAAUCGGCGAGUCGGCUAUCGCGCGACGAAACGUCGACCCCCGUCUCCGAGUAUACCGUCCAGCUCGUGUCCAUGACCUCUGCGACGGAUGUUAUCGAGGGCAUCUUCGAGGGCCGACCGGAUGCCUUUACGGCGUCGUUCCCCCAAAAGAACUCGCUGCAAGAAUCCAACCCGGACACGCUGGUGCUUGUAUCGCAUUUGAUGAGGAAUGGGGUCCAGGAACGUCAGCUAUCCGUUAUCGGGAUCCUGCCCGCGGACGAUUCGGCGGCCUCGAUGCAGCGGAUGCUGCAGCUCCAUGUCACGCCGAUCCCUAACAAGCCCGGUUCUGCUGUCGAGGGCCCCUGCGACUACAAAUUGCACCUUCAAUCUGGCUCACUACUCGAGUUGCGCGAUAGCAACCUAGUGGUGUAUAACAUCACGACGGCCAUCUCGACCGUGAAGCAUUCUAUCCACAUGCAGGGGGCGACUUCUUACCUCCGACUCUCCGGCCACUCGAUCCUGGCCGGAUCGCCAACCCACCUCACCGUCUACAAUCCCACCUUCCAUUCCCUCCAGGCCACGGUUCCCCUAGAUCUCUCCGAAAUCGCGUCUAAGCCGACGGGUGACCGGGCCACGCCCGCUUACGCACUCUCCGCAUAUUUCCGCCGCCUAGACCGAUCCUACGCCGACGGCCUGCUUAUCGACUCGAUUGGACGAGGCGCACCCAAGGAUGUUUCGACCCCGGCGGCUAGACCCAACAAGAAGUUGCGGUCCGCGGCGCUCUCUACCCUCCUUCCCGGAUCCAUAUCGGGCACGUACAUGGCUACGUGUAUCCAAGAGAUGGACAAGGCUGACGAACUUUUGGCAGAGGGGAAACUGGCCGACUUUGAGCAGCUUCUCGCGAACAAGUUCCAGGUGGCGCUCGCGACAAACGAGGAAGAGGACGAGGAAAGCACCGAGGGCAAGGGCCUUCGCGACUGGAAGUGGCUUCCUAAUCCUUUUUCGUACGCUCUCGUGGACAGGCGAUGGGUGCUCUACGCGAUCGGCCGAGUGCUCUCCCUCGACGCGACGUCGGACGAUGCCAAUAACGCGGUGAAGCUAGUGCUUGCGGGGAGCAAUGUGUUCAUUUACUUGGUGGUAGCGGGACACUUCACACUGAGCAACAUCAGGGCGGCGUUCCGAGGAACGGACCAGGGCCCCGAGGUGCGGGACGCCAUCUUGGCGGAAGGGCUAGUUCUACGACUGGCAGAGGUUGACCCCACCCUGGAGCUACUCGUCAGCUACAUCUUGGCAACGAAGCUCGGACCGGACGAGCUCCUGAUGGGUAUCCGGGAGGUGAUGAGGAGUCUGGACUACGUCAGGGACUCGCUCAAGGCGACACCCAAGCUGCUCACGCAGGAAGCCCACGACAAGGGCAAUGGGGAAGGGGACGAGAAGCUACGGAUGGAGCUGGACCAGCUGGACCAGCAGAUCGAGGCGACGCAAUACCACCUAGGCGACCAGAAUAGCACGCGGGCUAACGGCCUCACGGCGGCACUAGCCAAGCUCAGCACACACUCGGCGCCGACCGUCGUCAAGGCGCUCCGGGCAUGCCUCAAGGCGGACGAGAUCUUUUCGCUCAUCUUCGUCCUCCGGGCGGAGCUGGUGCGCGGAUCAUGGACGUCGCGCUACGUGGACGUGGGCGUGGCGGCGGGCCAGCAACAGCAGCAGCAGCAGCAGGCUCUGUCCGAGGCGCCGCCCGACGACAGCAUCUGCCUCAUCGCCAACCUCUUAUCGCGGUGCGUGGACGCGGUAGGACCCACGGGCUGGCUGCUGAGCGACUCGCUGUCGUCGUCGACCCGGGUGGACGCGGCGCUCGAGGGGCUGGAGGAAGCGGUGCAGCUCAACGGCUUGCUGGGCGAGGUGGUGCGGUACGGCGCGGCGCUGCGGGAGAACGGCCUGGCGGCGGGCGUGGUCGGGGCCAACCCCAAGCUACACCGGGCGGAGGCGAGCAUGCUCCCCGUGGGGAUGAAGGCGCGGCAGCCCGUGUCGAGGGAGAAGGUGGUGGCGGGCGGGGAGGUGGUCAAGAGGUCGCAGCGCGAGAUGGCGCACCUGAUGAACCAAAAGGUGCAGGCGUACUCGCUGGAGAGGAUCACGUUGUGA